AUGGCGAGUUUGCGACGAUUUCUAGAGCAAAGAGAAAAAGCGAAAACUCAGCCAGCUCCACUGGAGCCAAUAACUCCUCCUUCGAAUCCAUUAGACGGCUAUGCCUCUGAAUUAAAAUCAUUUUUCCCUAAUGAGCCAGAUGACAGACUAAAAACUUUUGUAAGUCAGUUCACGACCAAAGAAGAAGCAGAUGCUGCUGUCCAGAAAAUAAUCAGUGAUGGAAGUAGCAUCGGUGUCUAUCUUGACGACUGGGAACAAGUUGAUAAUCGAAGAAAACAGAGCAACAAUAAGAGAGGGAAAAAGGAUAAAUCACAAUUAAACAAUAUGCCAAGAAAAAGUGAAGAAGUCAGAGGCUAUCAAAAAAAAAACACCCCAAGAUAUAGGCCGAAAGUGAAAAAGCCUGAAGAAUUAGAAGAAAGUACAGAAAAGAACACGGAAUCGUCUGAUAUUCUGAUCGAAGUUGCAAAAAUUCCUGAGAAAGUUGAGCAGGAAACUGAAAAUCAAGAUAAAUUGGAGGAAAAAGAAGAAUUUGAAACUAUUGAUUUCCCAGUUAAAGUGGCAGAGCAGCCUGUUGAAACUGAGGUGAAGGUAGAGGUUGAAAAGAUAGUAACUCCAAUUGAAGAGGAAGAGCCACCCAAAGAAAUUGAGGAAAAUAAUAAAAAUUACUCACUCCCCCUAUAUCAAUAGGCAAAUAAUUUUGUUCGCUCACGGGGAGGAUUUUUUUUUAAAAUGUUUAUAUAUAAAUUUUAGAGUAAUGUUUUUUUCUAAAUUUAAAAAACCCAAUUUUUAGCAAAUAUUAAUUUAAUUUUUAAAAUUUAUGUUUUAAAAUGCAGGCUGUUUAAAUUAAGCAGAAUUAGCUGGAGUUUCAUCAUAAUAAUUGCCAUUUAUGUGCAAAAUAUUUUCUUAUAAAAAAUUUUUUUGUUCGCUUAGAGAAGAUGGGCUUUUACUCAAAAAAAUAGGGAUUUUUCCAAUGGUUUUGUUCGCUCAUGGAGGGGGAGUCAGUUUUUGAUGAAAAACAAGCUGAAGAGUUUACUGGGAAGUUUACGGCACGACCAGAGGUAUAUGAAAGGAUUACAGCAGACAUGGAAAAUAAAAAGACCCAAACACCGAUAGUUAGAACAAGGGAUGUAGGUAUUCAAGUAACUAUGGAAGGAGGGAUUCCAUGUAUGAUUGUUCCGCUUCAAGAUCGUGACUUUUUUAGAAUUGAAAACUUAAUUUACCCUAGAAGUUAA